CACGAGAGUGCAAAAAUAAGACCUGUGUGAAGGCUGCAGGAGACGGUCUGCGGCGCCCUGGGUCUCCAGUUCUGAUGGAAUCUGGGUACCCGAAACCACCAUUUUAGAAUCAAGCUGGGAGCUGACCAAAAACAGCUCCCCCACCAGCUCAGCCCGCUACGUCCCACCUAAUGCCCCGCCCACCACACCGGAGGUCCGGAAGCGGACGUGAUGGAUACGGAAGUAGCCUGCUGUUGCCGAGGGGACGGGACGGGCAGAUGCCAACAUGGCAGCGGUUGGGGUUGGCGGAUCUACCGCUGCGGCCGGGGCCGGGGCUGUGUCCGCGGGCGCGUUGGAACCUGGAUCUGCUACAGCGGAAGGUUUUUUGAUUGAGAAAAGAGGAAUGAGGUGGGUAGCCAUACCCCAGCAGCCUCUGACUCUGUCCUUCUCCUAUGUUCCUUCUACUCCCUGCAGCUCACCCUGCCUCAAGUAUAUAUCCUUAGCUGUGCUGGUGGUCCAGAAUGCCUCCCUCAUCCUCAGCAUCCGCUAUGCUCGCACACUGCCUGGGGACCGCUUCUUUGCCACCACUGCUGUGGUCAUGGCUGAAGUGCUCAAAGGUCUCACCUGUCUCCUGCUGCUCUUCGCACAAAAGAGGGGUAAUGUGAAGCACCUGGUCCUCUUCCUUCACGAGGCUGUCCUGGUGCAAUAUGUCGACACACUGAAGCUCGCGGUGCCCUCUCUCAUCUAUACCUUGCAGAAUAACCUCCAGUAUGUUGCCAUCUCCAACCUGCCAGCUGCCACUUUCCAGGUGACGUAUCAGCUGAAGAUCCUGACUACAGCACUGUUCUCGGUGCUCAUGUUGAAUCGCAGCCUCUCACGCCUGCAGUGGGCCUCUCUGCUACUGCUCUUCACUGGUGUGGCCAUUGUCCAGGCACAGCAAGCUGGUGGGAGUGGCCCACGGCCACUGGAUCAGAACCCGGGGGUGGGCUUAGCAGCUGUUGUGGCCUCCUGUCUCUCCUCAGGCUUCGCUGGUGUCUACUUUGAGAAGAUCCUCAAAGGCAGUUCAGGUUCUGUGUGGCUGCGCAAUCUCCAGCUCGGCCUCUUUGGCACAGCGCUGGGCCUGGUGGGGCUCUGGUGGGCUGAGGGCACUGCCGUGGCCAGUCAAGGCUUCUUCUUUGGGUACACACCUGCUGUCUGGGGUGUCGUACUAAACCAAGCCUUCGGUGGGCUCCUGGUGGCCGUUGUUGUCAAGUAUGCUGACAACAUCCUCAAGGGCUUUGCCACCUCCCUGUCCAUUGUGCUGUCCACUGUUGCCUCCAUUCGCCUCUUUGGCUUCCACCUGGACCCAUUAUUUGCCCUGGGUGCAGGGCUCGUCAUUGGUGCCGUCUACCUCUACAGCCUUCCCCGAGGUGCAGUCAAAGCCAUAGCCUCUGCCUCUGCCUCUGCCUCUGGGCCGUGCAUUCACCAGCAGCCUCCUGGGCAGCCACCACCACCGCAGCUGUCUUCCCGAGGAGACCUCAUCACGGAGCCCUUUCUGCCAAAGUCAGUGCUGGUGAAGUGAGAGCUGGUGGUGGUUGGGGAAACAGGGCAGGGGGUUGGGUUGGAGGGGGUUGGGCUUCUGCAGGUCCUGCAGGUUGUCGCCAGGGCCUGACUCUUGGUGGGGUUGGAGGUUUUUUUCUCCCAUACUUCUAAAGGGAUAUGGAACUAGGGCUGAAUGUCACAUGAACGCUUCCUGAUAGAUGGACUCCCCUCUCCUGGAGGAGCUUUUUAGAGCUGCUUCCUCUGCCUCGGGCUAACCUCUUUGGGAACAGGGGUUGGGGUACUGCUAUUUCAGGCCUCUCCCUCACGACCCUCUGCUGAAGAUGUCCUGUCUCACAUGCCUGGGACAGUUCAUCCCAGCCAUCCUGCUGACUGGACAAAAGCCCCGCAGCUCUUCAGUAACGACUAAUGACUACUCGUGGGGUUCCAUUUCCUAUUGUAUGAGGCCUUCUCUCCUGCACCAUCACCCUGGAUCAUGACAACAGCUUGGUCUCUGAUGUGGCUUUGGGCCAGUUUCCCUGGUACAGAGACCCUUGAAGAUCAAUCAGCCUGUUGUAAGUGCCCGGAAUGAGGAGAGGCACAAGCUGAGAAUUUCGCAUCAGCUCAUCUUGGGGAGGGUGCGACAAGUGCCAUUUGCUUUCCAGUAAUUUGGGGAUUUGUGAUAAAAUCAGAUCAAUGAUCCAGAGUGUUGGGAAAAUGGGGAAGGGAGGCCCUUGAAGUGGCUGUAUGUCAUGUAACUGAAGAGACAGAGGCGAAGGGUUAUCUUCAGAAACAUCCAGAGCGGAAAAACAAAGCUGCCAAUCCUGCUCUCGCAGCUCCAUUGGCCGUUUAAAACACCCUAAUUUCAUGGUGGGUGUCAGAAUUGGUGAAACAUGGAACCUGCACUCCCCAAAGCUUAUUAACUCCCUAACUGUACCCCAGAUGUGUGUGCGUGUGGAUGUGUGUAAAUGUGUGCAUGCACGCAUAAGUGCACACAUGGAAGGUGCCUGGGCUAUCUUUGCUAUAUGUAAAUAGGGCCAUUGGAUCUUUAUUUUUGAUUAAUUUGCUCUGAUUUUUUUUGGUUUGUUUUUUAAGGAACUGUAAUGAACAAAUGUCAGGAUACCCAAUGCUGAAUAAAGAUGAUGUAUUUAUUUAG